CGCGGGUGGGAAGCCUGUGCUUGUGCACAAAAAAAGUAAAAAAAAAACGUUCAUAAAAACGCUGCUUGCAAGAUAUUUGAAAAACUUGCAAGAUAUUUCCUGAGUUCUGCCAGACGUCAAGCGAAUUCCGACCCCGAAACCGCAUCCUGACCGUCAUGCAACGCGCGGCGUCUGGGUACGAGACUGUAUCGAAUAUCAUUAGAGACUUUAAGAUCCGACGACGGCGGGGUCUACGACGGCGGGCGGAAGUGGCGAAUAACACUUAAAUGGAUUCCCUCGCGCGGUUCUUGACAAGCCCUUGCCGUAGCCGGUCUCUCUACAACGCCAUUCACAGUGUUUUGCCGUCGCACAGACAACGAAAUUUCCACAUGGCUAAUCAAAAUUCAACGAGCGAGCAGGCGGCGGAAAAGCAAAAACCCUUUGAAUGGUCCGAAAAACACGACGAAUGCCUUAUACAGAAGGUACUAACUCUCGAACCAUUCAAGGAAAAGAAGAGAGGCAUAGAAAGGGGAAGAAUCUGGGAAGAGGUCUCAGAAAAUCUAAACUCACUGCGUGUGCCGGUUUUUAAAGUCAACAAGAGGUCGGUACGAGAGCGUUUCCAGCUGCUGAGCGAGAAAUAUAAGAAGAUGAGUGAGGAGCGGAAAGCAUCAGGCAUAGAGACAGACCUGUCAGAGGUGGAAAGAGGCUUAGAAGAGGUUACAGAGAAGGAAAAGGAAGUGAGUGAGCAGGGCACGGCGAAAAAGCAGCUGUGAAAAAAAGCAAGCAGAGGAGAUGAGGAGGAGGGCGAUGGAGGGGAUGACGAAACGAAAGCGCGAAGGGAACGACCUAAAAGAACCAAAAAAGUCCCGAGGAUCCGUUAGAGAUACAACGGAGUUUCUCAAAGAGAAAACAAGUAUAAUGAAGGAGUUAAAAGAAAA